UCAGAAGUCUAUGUGGAAAAAUGAGUAAUUACACAAAGUAGCUAUAGUACUGUCACUUGAGCGGCAAUAAAGAUGGUUGGUCUUGGAAUUAUCCCUAUUUCUUUGUCUUAAUUCUCAGACCAUGCCACUCUUUACUUUGGUACUUCUUAGGAUUCCUUUACAGCAUACCUUGGCUUUCUUAUAGUUAACGUAUUCUAUUUGUCAGCUCAAGAUUAUCAUAAUCCUAAGGACAUUCGCAUGUACUCUAUUUAGAGCGAACCUUAAAAUUUGAUUUCUUGAAAAUUGCAAGGUAAAGGGUUUUGGCUGACAAGAGUUGAGACAGAGCUCUAUACUAAACAAGAUACUGGUAAACAUGGAGGUCCAAGCACAAGUGGUGAAAUGGCGUGGAUCGGUUGGAGGCAUAGUUGAUGCACCUAUAGACAAAGUCUGGACAAUGGUUUCUCAAACCAAGAAACUAGCAGAAUGGAUGCCAAUGGUGGAAAGAUGCACUGACCUGGCUGGAGAAGAAGGUGUUCCAGGUUAUGUUCGGUUAGUGUCAGGAUUCAUGUUCCCUCAACAAGAUGGUGACAGAUCAUGGAUCAAGGAGAGGUUGGUUUCUAUGGAUUCUACAUCUCUCAACUAUGUUUACAAAAUGGAAGCCAGCAAUGUCGGUUUGGAUGGAUCAAUAAAUACAUUAAAACUUGUUGAUUAUUGGGAUGAUUCCACACUAGUUAACUGGUCAUUUCAGAUAGACCCUUUGGAAGGCGCCUCCGAGGAUAGCAUAAUAGAUUAUCUAGGAUUUCUGUAUAAAUCUGGCAUUAACAGGAUUGAAGGUGCUAUUAAAGCUUCAUCGAUAGGAGUUUGAUUAAUAUCAUGGGUUCCGUCACUGCUAGACUAUCCAACAAAGUGCAGUGUUGGUUUGCCAAAAUGUGUUCUUUGACUGUUUGGAGUAAAUUCCAAUGGAAAAGGAAAGAUAUUUCAUCAUUUCUCCUUGUACUUUACUUUUUAAAAUCUGCCGUGACGUUAUCAGCAUUUCAGUGAAAACAAUUUCUCAGCUUCAAA